AUACUCAUCAAGCAUCCAAAUACAAACAUCGUUUAGCUAUGACCAACAUUUACUUUAUGACCGCUUUUCUUCUCUCCCUCUUGUUGUCCUUCUCUCAUCAAAGCAUAAUAAUUGAGGCCAGGGAAGGCAAAGGAUGUAUAGGCAUAUGUUAUAGAUCUCCUACUCCUUCUCCUUCCAUGAUAGAUUCAGAAGAAGGAGCCAACAAAGAAUGCAUGGACCAUAAAGGAGUUGGCAGCAAAUGUCCUCCUAAUCUUUUUUCUUCAGUGAUAGAUUCAGAAGAAGGAGUCUACCAAGAAUAUUGGGACAUUGAAGAACAUAAAAGCAAAUGUCAUUGCAAGUGUCAUAAACAUAAACCUCCUACUCCUUCACCUUCAAUGAUAGGUUUAGAAGAAGAAGUCAACCAAUUACAAUAUAGGGACAUUGAAGAACAUAAAAGCAAAUGUCAUUGCAAGUGUCCUAAACAUGAACCUCCUACUCCUUCACCUUCAAUGAUAGAUUCAGAACAAGGAGUCGACCAAGAAUAUAUGGACAUUGAAGAACAUAAAAGCAAGUGUCAUUGCAAGUGUCAUAAACAUAAACCUCCUACUCCUUCACCUUCAAUAAUAGAUUCCGAAGAAGCUAAUGCUCCUACCCCCAUUGAACAACAUAAAAGAAAAUGUCAUUGCAAAUGUCAUAAAGCUAAAGCUCCUACUCCCAUGAAUGAAUACUAUUAA